AUGGGAGGCCUACUUUCUUCAACCAGCACAGAACCUUCCACAAACCCUACCCACUCGGAGAAGUCCACGCCGCCGCCUACAGUUUCACCGGUUCCUGGCGAUUCGCACAACCCAAUCUCGUCCCUCUUGUCGACUGAACCUGCUGACAUGUCGUCUUCCGAUCGAAACCCUACAGAGGAGCAACAAACUACGGCGGAGGAAUCAGACCAGUCGAAGCCGGCAAUAGAGAAGAAAGAGGAAGAGGAAGAAGGAGAAUGCGGGUUCUGUUUGUUCAUGAAAGGCGGCGAGUGCAAAGAUGCCUUCAUAGCUUGGGAGGAUUGCGUGAAGGAGGCGGAGAAUGAGAAAGAGGAUAUAGUAGAGAAGUGUUCCGAGGUAACGAGGUUAUUGAAGGUGUGUCUUGACGCGAACCCAGAUUACUACGAGCCGAUCUUGAGGGCAGAGAAGACCGCCGAGGAGCAGGCGAUGAAGGAGUAUCGUGAGGAAGAGGAGCAGAGGAAGGCGGCUGCCACGGCUUCCGCUGAGAAGGAAGGAGAUAAGGCGGCUUCGAGAUCUGAAGUCAUUGCUGUCGAGGAGGAGGCUUCUUCAGCCAUUCAAUGA